AAGACCAUACAUUUUGAUGAAUUAUUCAAUAACAGAUUUUCCUCCCUGUCUCCUCAGACUGAGUGGCUGUAACCUCUCAGAGAGAAGCUGUGAAGCUCUGUCCUCAGUUCUCAGCUCCCAGUCCUCCAGUCUCAGAGAACUGGACCUGAGUAACAACAACCUGCAAGAUUCAGCAGUGAAGCUUCUCUCUGCUGGACUGAAGAGUCCAAACUGCAACCUGGAGACUCUCAGCUUAUCAGGCUGUUUGGUCUCAGAGGAAGGCUGUGCUUCUCUGGCCUCAGCUCUGACCUUUAACCCCUCCCAUCUGAAAGAGUUGGACCUAAGCUACAAUCAUCCAGGAGACUCAGGAGUGAAGCUGCUGUCGGCUGGACUGAAGGAUCCAGACUGGAGACUGGAAGCUCUCAGGGUGGAGCCUGCUGGAGGCCCAUUCUUGACACCAGGUCUGAGGAAGUAUUCCUGUCAACUCACCAUCGACACAAACACAGUGAGCAGAAAACUCAAACUGUCUGAAGACAACAGGAAGGUGACAUAUCUGGAGGAGCUUCAGUCAUAUCCUGAUCAUCCAGACAGAUUUGAUGAACCUCAGCUGCUGUGUAGAACUGGUCUGACUGGUCGCUGUUACUGGGAGGUCGAGUGGAGAGGAGGAGUUUUUAUAUCAGUGAGUUACAGAAGAAUCAGGAGGAAAGGAGACAGUAGAGAAUCUAGGUUUGGAUGGAAUGAUCAUUCCUGGAGUCUGAGAUGCUCUGAUGUUCAUGGUUACUCUGUCUGGCACAAUAACAUAGAAACUCGUCUCUCCUCCUCCUCCGUCUCUAACAGAGUAUCAGUGUAUGUGGACUGUCCUGCUGGCAUUCUGUCCUUCUACAGAGUCUCCUCUGACUCACUGAUCCUCCUCCACACCUUCAACACCACAUUCACUGAACCUCUGAUUCCUGGAUUUACAGUCUGGUGGCCCAGUUCUGGUUCUUCAGUGUUUCUUUGCUGAUUUGAGUCUAAAGAUUUUCCUCCUGUCAGAGAAACUUUCUCAUUGUUGAACAGAUG